AUAUGCAUAUACUUGUUUGUCAGUGUAUCAGUAGGCAAAUCUAUCAAGUAUAUCCCAUUGGCUAAUUUCUCUGUUGGCUUUUCAAACACAUUUUACAAAGUACAUGAAAUAAACCUUGCUGAGAACUGAAAGCACCAAGUACUUCUACCAUUGCCUGUGUUCUCUCUAUAUCUUUGUUUUCACAAAUAUAAGUCAACACAACAUUUCCACCUAAGAAGUUGAGAUACCAAAACCCAUGUCUUCACCCAGUCCUGGAAAACGACGGAUGGACACAGAUGUCAUCAAACUUGAGAAAAAGUAUGACGUAACAUUUCUUGGUGGAUUGAAUGAAUUCUAUGUGAAAUUCAAAGGACCAGCUGGGACACCUUACGAAGGGGGUGUGUGGAAGGUUAGAGUUGACCUGCCUGAAAAAUACCCGUUUAAAUCACCAUCAAUUGGUUUCAUGAACAGAAUAUUUCACCCCAACAUUGAUGAGGGAUCUGGGACCGUUUGCUUGGAUGUUAUAAAUCAAUCAUGGACUUCACUUUACGACUUGAGCAAUAUUUUCGAGGCGUUUCUGCCACAACUUCUGUCCUAUCCAAAUGCUGUGGAUCCUUUGAAUGGUGAUGCCGCUGCCCUGUAUCUACACAAGCCUGAUGACUAUGUGAAAAAAAUCAAAGAAUAUGUGAGUCGGUAUGCCACAGAGGAGGCCCUACAGGAGCAUGACAAACACAUGGAGAAUGGGCAUGAUGAGUCGAGCGAUUCAGAGGAAUCAACGCUCAGUGACUUCUCAGAGAACGAGACAGAAACCAUGGAAUUGUGACGGCAGAUUUGGACCUUUUUUAGCAGCUCACACGUCAUUGACUUUUUAGGUCAAACCUUAGCAAGGACUUUGUUGAUGCAGCACUUGUUGUCUGCUCACUUGUUGCUAAAGGCUUGCUACUUUGAUACAAAUGCUUGGUUUGGGUCCUGACAGCAUGGCGACGGCGCUGCAAAACGUUUUUACUUCCUCUUAUUUAGUAUUUCACGCGUCUUAUUUGUUCUAACCCUGUGUACCUUUUAUUUCCACACGUGCUGUUCAGACAAAAGGAGGUCACAUGAAAAAGCGUUCUAGUCCAUCUAUUCCCACAAUGUAGAGACAAACUAUAGUAAAAAGCUUAUUCGUAGCAUAAUACUUUUAAUGCAAUGCCCCUAUCCAGCGAGGCUGGCAACAAUCAAUGUUCCGUUGAUGUUCUCUGUGUGAAGCAAGCUUGCUUCUCCAGCCAAGUUUUCACCACCCAAGUUACCACUAUUGUAGAUGGUGAAAAAGUGAAGUUUUUCGGUAAAUGACAAUUUUUAGAAUUUUAAGUUUUACCCGCAUGUUUGCCACCGUAGUGUGUUGUGAGUAACUUUUAUUUGCCCAAAAUGUGGUAUUUACUACAGAAUACAAAAAAGUGUAACAAAACUAAUCUAACACUAAGAUCCUAGAGACUUAAGCUUCGUUGGUUAUUCAACAUGUCAUAUUUGUACUUCUGUUGAACUGAUAUUAUGAAUUGCGUUGUGGCACGGAUGAAUUUUUGAUUUGCGGUGUUGGGACACUUAAUUGCGGUGAACAUGGAUUUGAGCACUGAUUGUGUGACCUUCACAGAGUCUUGUUCCCUCCAAAACGUUCUGUUCUUUGUGUUGGUGUAAACUGUUCUUCUCUUCUUACCCGCUCCCCUUUUAUGUAUUAGCUGUGAUGUGUUCAACGUGUUGUGCAAAGAGCACUUGUUGAUUGCUCGUACGCUGGAAUACUCUCUCAGCUCAAAAUUUCUCAUCCCACAAAUUACCUGACUGUUGGCUCGUCACGUUGAAACAAAAUGUUGAAAAAUUUGUUUUAGAAAAUUAUGUUUCUUUGUACCUAACAAAGUACGUUGGGCGCAACACACGCUAUUUCUUUUUUAUACAAGCUGAGGAGUGAUUUUACUGUACAUAGCCGUGACUACAAAAAUUGACUAUACUGCAUUUUGAAUGAAUAAAAAGUUACAAAAGAAAA